AUGACCACCUCCCAAUGGAACAGCACCCCCACCUGCGCCGGCAGCGAACCUUACGAAGACAAGCUCACCGGCCCUAAUAAUACAUGUGCGUGGCUGUCGGGCAACUACUCAGCAUCAACACAAGCCAACAUUUCCAGCUGCUGUGGGCCGAAUAACACGCCGUAUCCAUACAGUAUCUUUGGUACACCACCGGGAUGUUUUCAAAUGUGCAAUAUCACGAAUGGCACGUAUGCACAGCUGUAUCAGAACAUGGAGAUCCUUGAAACUUGUCUAAAUGAGGCCGGUGCUGGUGAUUUGUACUGCCACUGGCAAACACCACCAGCUACUUCUGGAUUGCGGAGAGUUGAGUGUAGUUGGGUGAAUAUUGGAGUGGUGGGGCUACUUCUGGUUGGAACGGCGGUGUGGGGGUUGUAG